UUGAUCGGGCAUCGGCGGCAAGCCGGUCGGGGGCGGAGAGAUGAGCGGGGACGAGCACUCCUCCGACGAGUCCAUGAUCGGCCGCGACGAGUUUGAGGCGUUGCAGCAGGACAGCGCUAACGAGCGAGCCGUCAUCUGCGCCUCGGUGGAGGACCUGAAGGCCGAGAUGGGUGUGCGGUUCGCGGAGGUGCUGGCAGCCGUGCGUGAUCGGGACGGCGGGGCCGCCGCGGGUGGCGCUGCCGGAGCUGCACCAGUGCUUGGAUAUGGGGGCGCAAGUGCGGCGGCCGGCGUGGCGCCAGCGUCCAUGUACGCUGGUGGCGCUGCCGGAGCUGCCCCUACGCCCGGGUAUGGGGGCGCGUGUGCAGCUACCGGUGUGGCGCCGGCGCCCAUGUAUGGGGGCGCGAACGCGGGUUACGGGCUCCACCGCGUGGAGUCGAGUCCUGGGUUGCUUCAGGGCGCUGGUCGGUAUGGCAGUGGGGGCGGCUUAGGCUUCACUCCCGCGUUCCCGUUUGGAGAGGGAGGCCUUAACGUCGACUCCGGGGGAUACGGGAUGGGAACGGGGAUGUCGCACUCCCAGCGGCGGAUGGAAAAGGUGCUUUCGGACCAGCGGGUGAACGCUUGGAGCGCGGUGAACAGCCGCAUGUGGUGGGUGGUGAUGGGAUGUUUUCCGCCGAAGUUAGAGAAGCCGAGCUUGCAAGGGUUAAUGCAUGAUAGUUUUGAAGUCACGGACGCGGUGGCCGACAUGCUGUUGAACUUUCGUGGCUUUGACCCUGUUGCCUUCGCGCCCCGGGGGGCGGGUGGGGAACGGAUCCCCAUCGCAACGCAUUUGAGCCUUAUGGCGGGGGCCUUUAUCACCAUCGCCCGCCGGGGGAUCGUCGACGACCCGAGGUUGGCGGCGGCAGUGAAAGCGCGGGUGGAUCGUGUCGAAGCCUCGUUCCAGGCGGUCAUCGACGACGUGGAGCGGCACACUCGGGAGAAUUACGCGGCCAUUCAAAUGCCGCACAACCGCGACAUCUUCUUGACGUUCAUCGUCAAGGAUAUGGACAGGUACACGCGCGACGUACAGAUGUUCGCGGACGAGAUGCAGCGGCGCUUCGUUCUCCCUCCGCCAUCGGCCGCCCUCCCGCCCGCCCCCCUCCCGGCUUUCCACAACCUGGCGGCAUAUCUCCGGUCGGGAGGGCUGAUUAAUUCUGCUGUGCAAGGCAGGGCCGGCCGUUCAUCGGCCGCCGCCGCGGGUGCCGGGGGGAAGGGCGGCACGGCCAGGGAACCGGGGCCGUGCUACCAGUUCCAGAAAGACGGUACAUGUCGGUGGGGGAAAGCCUGCAAGUUCGUGCAUGUGGCGCCACGGAAGGCCAGCGGAAAGGGAGGAAAACGGGGGGGCGUUCCUGGCGGCGGGGCCGCGGAUGGUGGCUCCAGAGGUAGCUCUUCCGCCGGCGCGGACACCAACGCUCCUGCCGCCACCGCCCCAGCGAAGCGGGCCAAGGUGGGAGCAGCCGGGGCCAAGACUCGCAGCAGUGCGAAGGGCGGUGCCGCCGACGGCGCCAAGGACGAUGAUGAGGAAUAGGGGCGCGGGCCCUGCCCCCUGGGGGGGGGAGGGCCGUCUUUCGAUGUCGCGGGGGGCGUGGUCUCGGGCUCGAGCACGCACCUCCUACGACCAGGGGCGGCUACUGCGUUGACCCGAGUUGACGGCGUCGUGGGGUUCUGGUGGCCGCGUGCUGUGGCUGUGUUUGGCGUGGUCGUACUUCCUGGUGGCGCGUUCGGAUGAGGUUUUUACCACCAUGUCGGGGCAAUGCCACCAGGUGCAUUGCUUGCGGCGUAGCGACGUCGAAUUCUUUCAUGGGGAGGACGUGCUAUCCCCGUUGCAUUGGCAUAAGGCCACAGGAGUUCGGGUUCGGUUUCGCGGUCACAAGGGGGAUCAGUCGGAGAAGGGGGCGUACGUUACACGAGUGCGCGAAGUAGCACGAGGCGCGAGUUCUCAGAUUGGAGCCGGUGGCGGUGCCGUGGCGGUGUUGGUGGAGUUGAUGGCGUGCCAUCUCGCGUUACCUGAGGACGCUCCUCUGUGUUCGUUUCGCUGUAGGAGAAGCAAGACGAUUAAGGUUUGGGGAUAUUCCAAAGCUCUUAGCGCCCUUCGCCAGAUUGUGGAGAAGGCAGGUGGCGACCCGAAACAGGUUGGCCUGCAUUCGUUGAGGAUCGGGGCCGCCACCACGUUGGCAGCAGGAGGAGACGUACCGGACAGAAUUAUACAGAGAGAGGGUAGAUGGAAGGAAGGCUCGGGUACGUUCAAAAUAUAUACUAGGAAUAAUAUGGUGGACGUAGACAUGGUAUCCCGUAAACUAGCGAGGGGGAAGCAGAUGGAGCAGAAGAAGGGUUAGCAUACACGAAGGUACGGGCAAGGGGACAGAAUGCCAUCCCACUAAACGUCGAUGUUGGUGGAUACCAAUGGUAUGGAGUACCAUUGGGGGGUCUCGGUGUACUGAGACGGCAUUUUGUUUGGACCUGCCAGUUGACAUGGA